AUGAAGCCGACUUCCAAAUUUAGCGAACAUAUUCAUGAGCAUUGUCGCGUCAAGGAAUAUCUCAACUUGGUUAAAGGACCAUCCUUUUUGAUCCCUUCAUUAUGUUUUACCCUAUUGCUCAGCUUCUACUUCCUGUGUGGUUCCAACACUCUCAAGUCCACCUUCGAACGUGGAGACUACCAUGUUCAAAGAGAAUCCUUAGACCAGCUCGGCAACCGUAGGCCAGAUAAUGAAAAAUGUGAUCUAUCGAAGGGUCGAUGGAUUCGAGAUGUAAAAGAGCCUUUGUAUACAAAUUUCAGCUGUAAAACACUCCCACACCAUAAGAACUGUUUCUUGCACGGGAGGAUGGACAGGGACUUCCUUCACUGGAGAUGGAAGCCUGACCAAUGCGAACUUCCUGUCUUCAAUCCUAGGAGCUUUCUGAACAUUGUUAAAGGAAAAACGAUGGGUUUCAUAGGUGACUCGCUGGCCAGGAAUCACGUGGAUUCGCUUCUCUGUUUAUUAUCUAAGGAAGAAACCCCACAAGAAGUAUACAGGGGGGAUGAGGGAGGCAAAACCAUAACGUGGCACUUUCCUCAUCACAACUUCACCAUCAUGGUGCUGUGGUCGCAAUUCCUCGUCUCCGCCUCGGAGAUGGUAGUGAACGGGUCAGCAACCGACAGUUUCCAUUUGCACCUAGACAAAAUUGAUGAGAGUUGGGCGCAAAAACUACCAGCCCUGGAUUAUGCCAUUAUCUCAGCCGGCCACUGGUUCUUCAGAACCAACUACGUGUCCGAGGGUGGUCGUUUUCUUGGAUGCAUUUACUCCCACGAUCCUAACGCAACGUACCUGACCCCUGACAUUGCCAUCCAAGGAGUUUUUAGGCUUGCUCUUAAGUCCAUCAACGACUGCAACAACUGCUCGAGGAUGCUAACUUUAGUGAGAACAUUUUCACCAGCCCAUUUCGAGAAUGGCGCAUGGAACAUGGGAGGGACUUGCAAUAGAACAAGCCCACUUGCUCCAGAAGAGAUUAACUACAAUGGCGUGGAAUGGGAUAACAGGAAUGUCCAAUUAGCAGAGGUUGAAAAUGCACACAAAUUGGGAGAGAAAAGGGGGAGAACAUUUGAUGUUUUAGAUGUUACUGGAGCUAUGUCAAUGAGGCCUGAUGGCCACCCUGAUGUACAUUGGGAUCCCUUCUGGGCUAAGGGAACCAGUGAUUGCAUCCAUUGGUGCUUGCCGGGGCCGGUUGAUACUUGGAACGAAAUUUUGCUUGAAACACUGAGAAGGCAUGCAUCAGAAGAUGUUAAAAACUAAA